AUGGCCUCACAAACAUCACCGGAACUACCAGUUCCAUUGUCUCAGCUGGUGAAAUACAUCCAUGGGCAUCCUGAGCUUUCCGUUUCCCAGAUUCUUGGCCCAUACCAUAAACAUGAAGCCUACUUGAGGGCCCUUUUCGCCCAAGAUGGCCAGAAUCCGAUCCUGGACAACCCAUACGUUAACACCUUGCCACUCUUCACGGAAGUCUCUGAACUCGUUACUACACGCGCAAGAAACCCGGCUUUAGAGACAGCAGAGGAAAGAUCUCGAUACAUCAUGCCAUUGUCCGAUGAAAAGCGCCGUAAAGAUGGCUCGCCAGCUAUCGUUGCAGGUCUCGCCGAGUUUCAGAGGAAUUUCAGUAUUUUCUCUGAGGCAUCCUUGGCUGAUAUGGACUGGAGCAACGUGGUUGCUGCGGGCUCGUCCGUUGUCAACUGUUUAUUACCUAUACCUGAGGAAUACAAAGUCAACAAGCGGAAAUUACGGCAAUAUUUCCACGAGGUCUUCUGCCCAGCUUCUGAUGUGGAUCUCUUUUUGUACGGUUUAACAGAAGAAGAGGCUAUUGAAAAAAUCAAAACCAUCGAGGAAGCUGUCCGCGAUACCCUACUCAAGGACGUAACUGUCGUGCGAACUAAAUACGCAAUCACCAUUGCGAGUCAUUAUCCAACCCGCCACAUUCAGAUCGUGUUGAGAGUAUACAAAAGCAUUAGUGAGAUUUUGACGGGCUUCGACAUUGACGCUGCUGGAGGCGCUUAUGAUGGCAAGCAAGUCUACGUGACCCCACGUGCCCUUGCGAGUUUUAUUACUCAAAUUAAUCAUAUUGAUCUUACACGUCGGAGUCCUUCAUAUGAGACACGCCUGGCCAAGUACUCAAAUCGAAACUUCGAGGUCUACUGGCCCGACCUAGAUCGCUCGCGUAUCGACCCUACCAUCUAUGAGAGGAGCUUCAAACGCACAGUCGGUCUCGCACGUCUCCUUGUGUUGGAAAGCCUCCCGACGGAAUCCGCUAGGCAUACAUAUCAAAAUGAAAGAAGACGAGAACGCGGCAGACCUGAAGUGGAUUAUCCCCAUUGGACUUGGAGGGAAAAUGGUGAUAUGAAGCAAGAUCAUGAGAACGAGGUGGCUGACUGGUAUCCGUCGGAAAAAGUGAGCAACUAUCACACAUUUAGCAUUCCGUACGGUCGCCGUUUCACUGCCAAGGCCAUCGAAAGGAUAUGCUAUUCGCAAGACAUUCUGCUCAAUGCAGAAUGGAAUCAAAAGCCAGAUAAGCGCAAGGUGUAUCUUCACAGGCACCCUGCAUUUUUCGGUCGCGUCGAGGACGUCAUUCAAGACUGCUGCGGUUGCUGCCCAAUUCCAGACACGGUAGAAGAACAAGAGGUUGCAGAAAAGGAUGCGAAGACGUGUAUUUCGGGCAGAGUAUCAUUCCUGACUGACGACCCAGGCCGGCAGGAAAUUGGCUCGUUCAAUCCGUUGACCGAACAAGACUGGACUGAGAUGGCGUACAUCAGCAACACGGCUAGACUUUUCCAGUCAAUCAUUGAUGUGGAUAUACUAAGCAUCCAUACUUGGCUUGGCCAAGACGGUUUCGAUAUCAACAGGAGAGAUCACACUGGACGAACUCCUCUGCAUUUCGCCGUCAAUGUGUCCACAGCAGAAGUUGUGCAAUGCCUGAUAGAUCACGGAGCCCGCUUGACAGCUCGAUUGGCUGACGGAAGGACUGCUCUGCAUCUUGCGGCCGCUCGCGGGAGAGCGGAUAUGAUAAAAAUCCUUAUGGAAAAGAGUCUUCAGAAUGAGGAAAUCGGCCAAGAUCGCAAAAGGUUCAAGCGGCGGAAACUAGAGGCAGCUGAUCAGGAAGUGCGUGAGGAUACUUCUGAUAGCGAAAUGCAUAAAACUAGAGAUGACCUUGACAUCGAGGAAGACGACGAUGAUUCAGAUGCCGUGGUAGUGGGUGAAGGAGAGAGUGACGACUAUGAAUUCUCUGUGACGACUGGAUCGUUUGCGAAAAUCAACCGAGUUGACCCCCAAGGAGAUGCAGCCGAAAUUGAAGAAGCCUCCGAGAUGGGACCGGACUUUUACAACAUCGAUAUACCUGCUUGGGAUAUCCCAUGUUCUCCUCUUCAUCUGGCUGUGUCCGGUGGCCAUGAAGACGCAGUUAGGACGCUGUGCGACUAUGGAGCCGACCCUCUUCUUCCAGUUCAAUUCCGGUUCAAUAGGGUGAAGACAGAUGUCAUCCUUACCCUAGCCCUGGCCUUAAAGCUUCCUACUGAGAAGGCAAAAGCAAUGAUAAGAUUGCUCAUUGAACUUGGCGCUUUGUCUUCACAGGCCGACACUGAUGGUAUCACGGCUAUUCAUCGCUUCGUUGCUAACAACUCGGGAGAUCUUCUCGAUAUUUUGGUAGCUUGUGAUCGGUCGAAUGUCACUAGAGCCCUUAAGCAUAUCUAUAUUCCCGAUGUACGAACCAUUUCAGUCUUACAUACGGCGAUCGAUCAAAAUGAUUCAAACCUUGUCCUGAAACUACUGAACAUGGGGGCUAAGCCAGAUAUAAGCUUCGACAUGUGGCUUCGAGCUGUCAAGCUCUCUCCUAUGAAACAUAACUUGGGAAUUGCACGGGAAAAUAAGCGACUCUACAGAACUACCAUACAGCCUCUCUUAUACGCUGUUCAGGCGGAGAACUACCAAGCUGCGAUUCAACUCCUGGAAUCUGGGGCAGAUUCCAACUCUAUGACCCCGGAUUCGUAUAGACUUCUACAAGGAGAUGAGGUCUAUGAUGUAGAGACCGGAUCUACUGUACUUGACGUUCUGGAUGCAAACCUCCAAAGAAUAGCGGACAGCUUGAACAAGGCUAAGGGGGAUGAGGGAAGUGUCGCAUCCCCUAGACCGCCUCGUACGGACAAAUUCCUUGAGCAGUUUCCGUCAGAUUCCUAUCAACACUUCUAUCACAAAGAGGCACUUGAAAGACAAAAGUGGCGGUUUGAGGGUCACUUGAAAGAUCAGGAGAACAAACAAGAAUUGGCAGUGGACCAGGAGGGACCUGAUCCAGAAAUCCAGCGUCUUGAGAAACUAGCCUCUGGGCUCAAUGAUCUGAGAGAAAGGCUUGUCUCUCGAGGGGGACAGACUUUCAAAGAUCUUCAUCCCGACUUCAAAGAAUACCGCACCCGAAGAAGGGGUCUCCGACUACACAGUCCUUCAUCCUAUCAAAGAUCUCCCUCUAUUGAGAGCGGGAAGAUAUGUUUUAAGGGAGAUAAGAACUUUUCUUCUUUCAAAGAGAACAAAUAUAUUGAGCUGAUGGAGGCUGCUUGGGAUGGAAACCUGGAUAAGAUCAAAUCACUGACCCUUCGAACUGACCCCGAUGAUAAUCAACCCCGGCUGCUCAUCAGCAUUCAAGAUGACCAGUACAACUGUCCCUUCUCUUUGGCAUUCUUCCGCGGCCAUCGAGAAGUUGCUGCGGCCAUUUUGGAUAUCGUAAGAACUCAGUGGGCGCCUAGCGAAGAAUCAAACCAAACAUUUAGAAGACCUCGCCUUCGUCGGAGAACAACAACUCCAAGCUAUCGGGGAAGUGGCUCUCCUGGCCACAGCGAAAUGGAGCUUGACUCAGGAGAUGCUCUAUCCCAAUUAGGGCCUAUCAUAUUGAGUGAGGAUGAAGAUAAUAUGUCUAUCAAUGAAGAUUUAGACCCAGAACCGGAACCAAACACGUCAGAGAUGACACCUAUACGCAUUCUUCGACAAGAAUGGCAGAUGAUACAUCUAGUGGAAGAAAAGUGGCAACCCGGCCUUCGACAGACGCUGUUCGACUCCUGCGUCAGCCGAAACGAUGUGGCUGGGCUUGAAUUCCUAAUCAGACUUGCUCGGUAUUGGACAAGUAAAAAGUUGCCAGACGAACCUGUCGACGAAAUCCUCGCGUAUCAUGAUCCUAUUGAUAAGAAGGAGCAGGAUGGGAUAUUCACGCUCUCCGAGGCCGAGUCUCAAACUGUCCUGAACGAAGGGAACCUCGAGCUUGUGCAUCUAGUUAUGCGGAAGAUAGGGGCCGGUCUAAUAUUGGAUGACCUUGUGCGUCGCUCUGGUGAGAACUUGGAGCAGAAGUCGGAGUAUUAUCAAGGCCUUACUGUAUACGGAAAAAAGAGAAAGGACUGGGCAAAUAUUGUACCUUCGGGAGAGCGACGAAGGCCAAGAGACCGGCUUCUCGACACUUCUAAGAAGGAUACUCAUACGAACGAUGUAGGAGUUGCGCCGGUCAUUCAUGCUGUGAGGUCUGGACACAUUGAAAUCGUCAAGCUUUUCCUGAGCGAGGCUCCUCUGCAACUGUACGCCGAUUUUGCGCGAUCCGAUGCUGCAGCUGAUAAUCCUAAAAUCUUGCACCUUCUUCAGAGUAAAGCAGGAUUUGAGUUGACUGUAUCAGAAUGGCUUGGGGCAAGCAAUCAUCUUAUUCUUCAUCAUGCCUUGUUGAUCUCAUCCCUCCGGCGGGGAGAGAAGGUUUUGAAAUAUCUGAUCCAACGAUAUCCAGAUGCAGUGGAAAGUCGAGAUUCCACAGGGCAUACGCCGUUGUUGAUUGCUGCACGAAUCGGUCGGAUUUCACUAGUUGAGAUUUUGAUUCGGGACGGCCAUGCCGACCAGACAGUUUGCAAUUCCAAGGGAGAAAACGUUCUCCAUCUAGCACUUCUGGGACCUGUCGAGGCACGUCGAUUCUACGAGUUGACCAAGAUCAUUGAUACUAGGCUACUCGACGAUCUCUUUCUUCAGCGAAAGAAGUUGUCCGCAAACGGCACGGUUCCUCUUCACUCCUGGAUUGCUCAUAUUUGCGGAUAUCCCAGUCGGGAUGGCGACAGUGAUAUCUUCUCCGAGUACGGCACCUACACUCCCUUGAGGGAUAGGCCAGCAGAUUUGGUAGCACUCCUACAAACCUUGAUUGAGUUCUCUAAUGACAAAGUUCUCGAGUCUUUCAAUGAUGUUGGCGAUACCUGCCUCCAUACUGCCAUCAAAUCUCGCCAAUUUGCUAUUGUUAGAGGUCUGAUCCAGCACAAUCCAGGUCUGGUUUGUCGCGAAAAUGCCAUGGGCCAAACACCUCUGGAGCUCGCGAAUGAUUUGGUUUUCAGAGCCACCAUUAAGCCUCCCAAGCCUUUGAUGCUCAAUGCAGAUCCUGAGGAUAGAUUCAUAACGGCCAGGCGCCGGUGGAAUGACGCUGUUCCUGGAACGAUAUCUAGAACUCCCCGAGCUCCAAAAAUGCCCAACACUUCCCCCGUGGAAAUGCUAGCAGAACUUGGUCUUUCCGAUGAUUAUAGCGAGUCUGCGGUGUCAGAAGUGUUAUAUCUCGCAGGUCUUUGCGGCAACGAAAGGGUGGAAACCUCAUCCGAUUUGGAUGCGAUACUCGCCAAGAUGAUUACUCUAGACUUUUGCAAGACCUCUGUCCAAAAGAAUCCGGGGAUAUCGCGUGUACUAGCAUCCGUAGUCGCGGCCAAUGACGUUGCGCGCAGAGUAGCCGAGCUGAAAUCCUCUUCAAAGGAUACGGGUAUCGAGCAUACCAGCGUGGCCGAUGCAAAAUUGCAUCGAGAUAUUGAUGCAUGGAACGAUUGGGACGACGAACAUGAAUAUGAUGAGAAUGGCAAUGUUGUUGGAACCGUCAGACGUGGCGAGGGGGAGAGAAGAAGAAAUGUUGUCUUUCGGUCAAGGCGAUCACGACGGUAG